UUGUUGUUCUUCCAGAAUGUAAACACGGUAGCACAUGUGCUGGCGCCGCAUCAAGUGAACUUGUGAACGUUUUUAUUAAAAUAUUAUUUAUAAUAUUAAUCAUGAAGAAAUCUAAAAAACUACCUACAAAAAAUGUUAAAAGUACGCAUGAUGUAGUGGACAAGAAGUACGAUCUGGUUAAAACUAUCAACGAAGAUGAGGAAGUUGAGAAUCUGUCAGAGGAAUCAGACGUUGAGGUUGAGUAUCAACCAACUAAGCUGAAAAACCAGAAGAAAGGGGAUUUUGAUAAUAACUUCAAAUUCGUCUCAUCUGUAAGUGAAUACAAUCACGACACAUGGGACGACUUAAUGAAAUAUGUGAAGAAGAAAAAUCGUGGCAAAGUUGACGACAAAAUUGCUAGCGUUAUCAAAAGUCGUUCCAAGGAGAAUGCGGAAUUAUUUGAAGAAACGGACGAUCAUGACCCAAAUUCGUACAAUAAUGAAGUUGAUUUAUCCGACGACGAGCUAAGGCAUGAUGUGAUGAGAGUGAAGGAGAAGAAAGGGCGGAAGCGUGAAAUAACAACAGAUAACAAGGUUGAAAUUGAAGAUGAGGAAGAUGAGCCGCAAGACUUUUUUGAAGAAGCUGGUAACAAUGAAGAUAUUUCUUCGUUUUAUCAAAUGAACCUCUCCCGUCCGCUAAUGAAGGCGAUCGGAGUACUUGGUUACAUAUAUCCCACUCCAAUUCAAGGGGCAACUAUCCCAAUCGCUUUGCUAGGUCGAGAUAUAUGCGGUUGUGCCGCCACUGGAACUGGCAAGACUGCGGCUUAUAUGCUUCCUACGCUGGAACGUUUGUUGUAUAAACCUAGCGCAGCUCAAGCAGUGACCAGGGUGUUAGUUCUAGUGCCGACCCGAGAGUUAGGCGCUCAGGUCUAUCAGGUCUCGAAACAGUUGACACAGUUCACCAACAUUGAAGUCGGCAUUGCCAUCGGCGGGUUGGAUGUGAAAGCACAAGAGGCUGUGCUCAGAACCAAUCCAGACGUUGUAAUCGCCACCCCAGGACGUCUUAUUGAUCACAUAAAAAAUACACCCAGCUUCUCAUUGGAUUCGAUAGAGGUGCUUAUUCUGGAUGAAGCAGAUCGUAUGUUGGAUGAAUAUUUCGCAGAGCAAAUGAAGGAAAUUAUUCAAAGCUGCAGUAAGACAAGACAAACGAUGUUGUUCUCUGCAACAAUGACCGAUCAAGUAAAGGACUUGGCAGCCGUGUCAUUAACAAAGCCAGUUAAGGUUUUUGUCAACAACAACCAAACAGUGGCGUUCAAUCUGCGACAAGAAUUCAUACGUAUUCGCGAAGGACGUGAGGCGGAUCGGGAGCCAAUCCUAGCAGCGUUGAUUUGCCGCACUUUCCAUGAUCAUUGCAUGAUAUUUGUGCAGACUAAGAAAACGGCACAUAGGUUGAGAAUCCUUCUUGGGUUACUCGGAGUUAAAGCUGGAGAGCUGCACGGCGAUUUGACACAGUCCCAGCGAUUGGAGUCUUUGAAGCAAUUCAAGGAUGAACAAGUAGAUGUGUUGAUUGCAACGGAUGUAGCAGCACGUGGUUUGGACAUCAGUGGUGUCAAAACAGUUAUCAACUUCGUGAUGCCUAUUACCAUGGAACAUUACAUUCAUCGUGUAGGACGAACAGCCCGUGCUGGUAAAGCUGGCGUUUCCGUGUCGCUGGCCGGAGAACUUGAAAGGAAAAUCGUCAAAGACAUAAUUAAAAAUGCAGUUAGCCCAGUCAAAAACCGCAUAAUACCAACGGCCAUUGUUGACAAAUAUAGGAAAAAGGUACAGGCUCUGGAGGAAGAGAUAGAGAAGGUAUUGUGUGAGGAAAGAGCCGAAAAAAUGUUGCUCCAAACGGAACAUCAACUUAACCGGACGGAGCAAAAGCUGAAGGGUGUCGUUAGUGCGCCCAGUCGCGAGUGGUUCCAAACCCAUCAUGAACGUAAAGAAGAAAAAGAGCGACUUUCUGUAAAGAAGAGUGAUGACUCUGAGAAACGCAAUAAGAACAAGAAACGGAAACGCGGUGACGACAGUGAGGACGAGUUCGAUCCUAUUAAGUAUCAGCAGGAAAAGAAACAGAAGCUGGCUAAGAAGAAAACCGAAGUAAACAAAACGCCGAACCAGUUGGCAAAGGAACGCGCCCUACAGGAGUUAACCAAAGUGUCGCUAGUACAGGCCAAAUUAGCCAAAAUAAAGAACAGACCCACACGUGUUACAGCAACAGCAGAUAAUGAGCGUUCAGGAAAGAAUACGAGUAAUACAGGAAGAAAGAACAAGAAACAACUUUCCCGGUUUGAGAAAGAUCUUACUGAUACGAGCAAGAAGGGUGUCAAGAAGUUGAGAUAUGAUGCUUCAAAGAAGCAGAAAAUGGAUAAGUUCGACAAAAAGAAGGUGACAAACAUGAAAAUGAGUGCUGAUAAAUUUCGUAACAAAAAGGGCCUUAACAGAUCCAACAAGGGUAAAUCUUUUGGACCAAAACAGUCACGGAAAGGAAAACACUAGCUUUUUUGUAGAAAAGGAAACAAUAAAUAAUAAACAUAUUUUCCUAUAA